AAUAAUAAUAAUAACACAAAAAUGAAUGAAUAAAUAAGUGGCCAUAUAAAUUAAAUUGAUUGCUCAUCGUUCAUCAUUAACUUGCCAUCUUCGCAAGUGCCACUCUCUAUAUUCAUAAUCAAGUGAAAUUGCUCUCAUCAAUUGCCAAUACCAGCGGCUACAAAUUUCGAGCUAUCUAUCAUUUUGUUAUCAAGUUUCUCGGCGGCUAUGGAAAAUCUGACAGAAAGCGCUCCGAAUCCAGAAUUCUUAGCUCUCAACUGUAUCGACCUUUCGAGUUCAGAUGUUAAUUUAUCGGUUUCGUUACUCAAACAGGCCUGUUUAGAUACCGGAUUCUUUUACAUUGUGAAUCAUGGAAUAACGGAGGAAUUCAUGGAUGAGGUUUUUGCUCAGAGCAAAAGGCUUUUCGAUUUGCCACUGAGUGAUAAAAUGAAGCUUCUGAGAAACGAGAAUCAUAGAGGCUACACUCCUAUUCUCGAUGAAUUGCUUGAUCCUGAAAAUCAAAUUCGAGUAGGAGAUUACAAAGAGGGGUAUUAUAUAGGAAUUGAGGGAAAAAAUCCUGGAGAUGAUUCAGAUGGAGAAAGGCAAUUUUAUGGUCCAAAUGUAUUGCCUGCAGAAGAUUUGUUACCUGGUUGGAGCAAGAUCAUGAAGAAGUUUCAUACACAAGCACUAGAGGUUGCAAGAGUAGUUGCAAGGCUCAUUGCUAUUGCACUUGGUCUUGAGAAAGAUUUUUUUGACAAGCCCGAAAUGCUCGGCGAGCCUAUUGCAAUCUUGCGCUUGUUACACUAUGAAGGCCAGAUUUCUGACCCUGCAAAAGGAAUAUUUGGAGCUGGAGCUCAUACAGACUAUGGUUUAAUCACACUAUUGGCGACAGAUGAGAACCUUGGUCUCCAAAUUUGCAAGGAUAAAGAUGCUAAACCUCAAAUAUGGAAAUAUGUAGCACCACUCAAAGGAGCUUUUGUGGUGAACCUUGGAGACAUGCUUGAGCGCUGGAGCAACUGCAUAUUCAAGUCCACAUUACAUAGAGUUCUCAUUACUGGUCAAGAUAGAUACUCUAUUGCAUUUUUUGUGGAACCUAAUCCAGAUUGUCUUGUCGAAUGUUUGCCAACCUGCAAGUCAGACGAAAACCCUCCCAAGUUUCUUCCAAUUCGAUGUGGUACGUAUUUGAGCCAGCGUUACAAAGAUACUCAUGUUGAUCUAGAAACUUACAAAAAAUAAGCUUUGAUUUGAGCUUGAAAUUUGGGUAUUCGCCAUGCUAAAGGAGCAACAACGAUAUUUUCCAAUGGUUUGAGAAUAGUUUAAGGAUGGUGAUAGCAAUGAAGAUACUCACUUGAGCCUAAGUCUGGAAGGGGGCAGGCAGAAGGUGGGGAAUAUGGCUGAGGACUGAGGAAAAUUUUUUUGCCCAAAUUUUAGGUUGGAUUCACUCUCCCUAAAGCCGUAACCCUAACAUAGAAAGCAAGUAAUUUUAUGUUGUCUAAUGUUAAUAGAGCUUGUUGAGUUUAUUUAUUGCUCUAAUGAAAAAUUAGUUUGUAGUUAUAUGUUUGUC